AUGGCCUCAUUCCUGCAGCAAAACAAAAUUUGCCACAACGACAUUUCCCUGUCCAACGUGAUGAUUGAUCGUCAAUCGCAGCGUAUUUUGAUGAUCGACUUUGCAGAUUCCAGCCUGAUACAUUCAAAAAAUGCAAAGGCAUCCACUUCUACAGCGAUUUCCACGCUCAGUUAUGGUUCGACCGGAAUCAGUGCACCAUCUGCCUCCACAAAUGAGGCUACAUUGGCUUUUAUGAAGGUUUCGAAUCAUUCGGAAUCAAAAAACCAAUUGCCGAAACGAUCUCCCUUCUUGCCAAACUCGGUUUCUGGUCCAAAGUUCCUCUCUCUUUCUCGUUUCCAACACUUGAUGAUAAAAGAGGGGGACUGCAAAGAUGGCGUUAAGUUAGAACGAUUGGUCCACAAUUGGAUUAAGAAGACCCAGCUCUCUACCGGCGUCCAAGUGUUGAAAAGGUCACUUUCGGAGUGUCUUAAAAAAAAAUUUUGCUUAAAUCCAUUCUUAAACUUCCAAUCUUCAAUGGUGUCACACAUUCCGACUUGA